AUGUCCGAAAGGUGGUCAUGGUUGGCUCCUGGUCAAUCCAAGUUCCGUUCCAUCCUCCGGUGGUGGGCUGUGUGGAAAAAGCAAAUUGCCAAGCGCCAAGCAGCGUCAUGGUACCGGUGUGGCAAUGCUUCCGAUCAAUUUCAUCACACUUGGGUGUUCCGUUUCGUGAAAAGGGCGGAGGGGGUGGAUGAAACGCGAUUGCUGAAGCUUGAAGCAAGUGACGGUGCAUGA